AUGAGCGAGUUCCGGCUGCACCACGACGUGAACGAGCUGCUGAGCCUGCUGCGCGUGCGCGGGGGGGCGGGCGGGGGCGGGGGGGAGGGGGCGGAGGGCUACAUGGAGCUCCUGCAGAAGAGCCGCGGACCCUUCCUCACCACCACCGUCUCCGCCCUCGGCGCCAAGGUGAAGCUGGCAGAGUUCUCCCGCACGCCCGAGGACUUCCUCACCAAGUACGACGAGCUGAAGGGCCGCAACACCCGGCACCUCGACCCCCUCGUCUCCCUCCUCGCCCAGCUCGCCGACCACAAGGAGACCCUCCAGUACUUGCAGCAGAACGCCAAGGAGCGAGCGGAGCUGGCAGCAGCCACAAGCACCGGCCCUUCCUCCUCCUCCUCCUCCUCCGCCGCCCCUUCUGCUGCCCCCAAGAUGACCGUGCAGGAGCUGGAGGAGCUGCGGAAGCAGCUGGGCAACGUCACCACCAGCUCCACCGCCCAGCAGCCUCUGGAAUCUGUUCGAAAGACGCUCAGAGAGAAGCAGAACAAGAAGAAUUCCGGCCAGCCCAUUCCGUUGUUUCCUGCCUGGGUCUAUGAGAGACCGGCGCUUAUUGGGGAUUUCCUCACUGGCUCCAGUUUGAGCACAGACACAACGGUGCCCAUAGGAUCCCUGCCCCUGGCAUCCCAAGAGUCCUCAAUUGUGGAGGACCUGCUGUAUGUUUUGAUUGGCGUGGACGGCAGAUAUAUCUCUGCUCAGCCACUGGUCGGGAGAGAGAACCGAACUUUCUUAGUGGACCCUAAUUUGGACGUGUCUGUCAAAGAACUCGUCACCAGGAUUCUUCCCGUUGCUACAAGUUACUCCAUAGUAACAAGGUUCAUAGAGGAGAAGUCCUCCUUCGAGUACGGGCAGGUGAACCACGCGCUGGCAGCCGCCAUGAGGACCCUGGUGAAGGAGUACAUGAUCCUAAUCACCCAGCUGGAGCACCUGCAGCGCCAAGGGCUGCUCUCUCUCCAGAAGCUCUGGUUCUACAUCCAGCCCACCAUGAGGACCAUGGAGAUCCUGGCCUCUCUGGCCGCUUCUGUCGACAAGGGGGAGUGCGUGGGGGGCUCCACGCUCAGCCUGCUCCACGACAAGACGUUCAACUACACGGGGGACAGCCAAGCGCAGGAGCUCUGCCUCUACCUGACCAAGGCCGCCAGCGUCCCCUACUUUGAGAUCCUGGAGAAGUGGAUCUACAGAGGGAUCAUCCACGAUCCUUACAGUGAGUUCAUGGUGGAAGAACAUGAGCUGCAGAAGGAGAAGAUCCAGGAAGAUUAUAAUGAUAAAUACUGGGAUCAAAGAUACACCAUCGUCCAACAGCAGAUUCCCUCCUUCCUGCAGAAGAUAGGAGACAAAAUACUGAGCACAGGAAAGUAUUUAAAUGUUGUCCGGGAGUGCGGCCACGACGUUACGUGUCCGGUGGCAAAAGAGGUCAUCUAUACUUUAAAGGAGCGGGAAUACGUGGAACAGAUAGAGAAAGCCUACAACUACGCCAGCAAAGUCUUGCUCGAUUUCCUGAUGGAAGAGAAAGAACUUGUGGCCCGCUUAAGGUCAAUCAAGCAUUACUUCCUGAUGGACCAGGGUGACUUCUACGUGCACUUCAUGGACCUCACGGAGGAAGAGCUGAAAAAGCCUGUGGAGGACAUCAUCCCUACCAGAUUAGAAGCUCUGCUGGAACUGGCGUUGCGGAUGAGCACAGCCAACACAGACCCUUUCAAGGAUGACUUAAAGGUUGACCUGAUGCCCCACGACCUCAUCACACAGCUCUUGCGGGUUCUGGCCAUUGAGACCAAGCAGGAGAAGGCCAUCAUCCACGCGGAGCCCACAGAGCUCUUGCUGAGCGGCCUGGAGGCCUUUUCUUUUGAUUACAUUGUCAAAUGGCCGCUCUCUCUCAUCAUCAACAGGAAGGCCUUGACCCGCUACCAGAUGCUCUUCAGGCACAUGUUUUACUGCAAGCACGUGGAGCGGCAGCUGUGCAACGUCUGGAUCAGCAGCAAAGCGGCCAAGCAGCACUCCCUGCACUCGUCCAAGUGGUUUGCUGGGGCGUUCACUCUGCGUCAGCGCAUGCUCAAUUUUGUGCAGAACAUCCAGUACUACAUGAUGUUUGAAGUGAUGGAGCCCACGUGGCACAUCCUGGAGAAGAAUCUCAAGUCGGCCUCCAAUAUAGAUGACGUCUUGAGCCACCACACCAGCUUCCUGGACAACUGCUUGAAGGACUGCAUGCUGACCAACCCGGAGCUGCUGAAGAUCUUCUCCAAGAUGAUGUCUGUCUGCGUCAUGUUCACCAACUGUAUGCAGAGGUUCUCCCACAGCAUGAAGCUGGACAAGGAGCUGGGCCGCCUCACUGUGGAACACGGGACCAUGCGGGGUCCCCCGACUGAGCAGGAGCGGGUGGAGGAGUCCACAAGGAAGCACCUGGCCAACAGGCUCCUGGCUGAGCAUGCGGAGGCCCUGCAGGUGACGUCCGGCUUUGAGGCCACCAUCAACAAGUUUGACAGCAACUUCUCCGCUCACCUCCUGGAUCUCCUGGACAAGCUGAGCCUGUACAGCACCAGCGACUGCGAGCACAGCAUGAUCAACAUCAUCUACAGGCUGGACUUCAACGGCUUCUACACGGAGCGCCUGGAGCACCUGUCUGCCGAGCGGAGCCAGAGGGCCGCCGCUGCCACCCAAGCAACCCCUGCCCGAGUCGUGGUUGCCGCUCAGUAG